UAGUGCAAAAGUCCAAUUAUUGCAAUAUUAUUACAACGGAAUAAGAAUAAUUUAAGCCACUUUCUCUCUCUUUCACGGCCGAUCUUCCAUGGACAAAACAAAUCACUCUCAAUCAUCACCAUUAUCAGCCUAUCAAGCUCUACAACGAGCAGGCCCUCGUCUGAAACAGCUCAAGCAAGUGCACGCCCACCUUAUCACCACUGGAGCUCACCGCAGCUUAUCCCUCCUCACUAAGCUCGCCAUUUUAGCUUGUUCUUCUCGCUCCUCCAUUGCUUAUGCUAAAAAGCUUUCUCUCUCCAUUCCAAACCCAGAUUCCUAUCUCUUCAACUCCCUCAUUCGAAUCUCCUCCAAACUUGGUCUCUUAUGCGAUGCCGUUUUCUUCUACCAGCGUAUGAUUUUCUCUCUCAUCCCCCCUUCAAACUACACUUUCACUUCUUUGAUAAAAUCUUGCUCUGUUGUUUCUGCCUUCAAGUUGGGUAAAUCUGUGCAUUCAUAUGCUGUGGUUAAUGGGUUUGUUUCAGAUUGUUUUGUUCAGGCUUCUUUGGUUGCUUUCUAUGGGAAAUGUGGUGAGGUUAAGGUUGCACGUAAGGUGUUUGAUAAAAUGCUUCAGAGAAGUAUUGUUGCUUGGAAUGCCAUGAUUUCUGGGUAUGAGCAAAAUGGGUUUCCUAAGGAUGCUGUGGAUUUGUUUAAUUUGAUGAGGAAUUCUGGUGUUGAUCCUGAUUCGGCUACUUUUGUUGGGGUUUUAUCGGCUUGUGCUCAGUUGGGUGCACUUGAGUUAGGUUCUUGGGUUCAUGAGUACAUUGUUGAUCAUGGGUUUGAGUUGAAUGUUGUUCUUGGGACUGCAUUGAUAAACAUGUAUGGUAGAUGUGGGAAUGUGAGAAAAGGGAGGGAAGUUUUCGACGUAAUGAGAGAGAAGAAUGUUGUGGCAUGGACCGCGAUGAUAUCAGGAUACGGAAUUCAUGGCUAUGGUAAAGAAGCUAUGGAGAUUUAUAAUCUAAUGCAAUGUAAUGGACCAUCGCCUAAUGACGUUACUUUUGUGGCUAUGCUAUCAGCUUGUGCUCAUGCAGGUAUGGUAAGUGAAGGGGGGGCAGUAUUUUCGAGCAUGAUAAGUGAUUAUGGUGUGGUGCCUGGAACCGAGCAUCAUGUUUGUAUGGUUGAUUUGCUCGGGAGAGCUGGGUUACUCAACGAGGCAUACGAUUAUACUCGGGGGCUGAAAAGGCCAAGUCCUGCGAUUUGGACUGCAAUGCUUGGAGCUUGCAAGAUGCACAAAAAUUUUGAUUUGGCAGUUGAAGCUGCAGAGAAACUCUUAGCUAUUGAGCCAGACAAUCCAGGGCAUUAUGUUAUGUUAUCGAAUGUGUAUGCAUUGGCUGGUAAGAUGGAGAGAGUAGAGAAAAUUAGGAAUGUAAUGAUCAGAAAACGCUUGAAGAAGCAUGUUGGUUAUAGCACAAUAGAGGUUGAUCAAAGGACUUAUUUGUUUAGCAUGGGAGACAAGUCCAAUUCUGUAACCAGUGAGAUAUAUGAGUACUUGGAUGAUCUGAUGAGGAAGAUCAGUGAAGUUGGCUAUGUCUCAGCACAAGAGUCGGUCCUUCACGAGUUGGAAGAAGAAGAGCGAGAGUAUGCUCUUCGAUACCAUAGUGAGAAGCUCGCACUAGCAUUUGGGUUGUUGAAGGCUAAAAAGGAGUCUGUAAUUAGAAUUGUGAAGAAUUUGAGAAUGUGUGAGGACUGUCAUUUAGCAAUUAAGUUUAUCUCUAGUGUUACUAAUCGAGAAAUUAUAGUUCGUGACAAACUUCGUUUUCACCAUUUUAAAGAUGGAUCAUGCUCUUGUGCUGAUUAUUGGUAACACAGUGAUCAAUGGCAACCUUCUAUUAAUUUGUGACUCGUGAGUGAAAUAGUCUUAUUUUCUGGAAUGAGCUUUUGACAAUGCUAAUGGACCUUGAAUGGGUUACUAAGGAAAACGACCAACGGACCAAUCUAAAAAAUGUGGCAUUUCUUCCUGUAGACGAGGAAUAUUUCCUCCUGGAAAAGACUAUUUUUAACCCAACAUCUAGGAUUCUAGGAUCGUUAAUAUCUUCCAAUUACAUAUUAGUUAAAAUUAUGAAAAUUAAUAUAGUUAACACUCUCAUUGAGACAAGACUCCACAUGACUA